AUGUACGCCAAACCGGUCAUAUUAGCUCGAUUGUUAAUUAACAAUCGCCGUCUAUGGAUUCCUUGCAUGAUACUCGUCGGUUUAUGUGCCAUUACUCUUCUCCUACAUGAAUCAGACAACACGAACCGUGAUAUUGAAACUUAUGUUUCCACCCAACCGUCAAAGACUUUUCCGUUUCCAUUAGCCAAUUCGUUGACAUAUGACGAAGUAAAAUUCCUAUUAGAUCAAUUAUUUGAUACUCACGUUUCAUUGACGGAUAUCCAAUCGAUCUGGAACAAAUUAAUGAAUAUAUGGCAACAAAUUCUAACAAAGUUUGUGCAUGAUGCUUGUAGUCUAUGUCAUCACAAUGGAUCGUAUUGUUACGAAUCCAUUGAUGUCACACGGUACGUCUAUUACAUCAACGAAUCGUUCUAUCCGAUCAAUGAAAUCAAACGUCCAGUUGGAAUGGGUCUUUUCUAUUACUUUGACUUGGAACAUUUACGUGCAGUGAAUAAUUCGAUUUUACCGACCGAUGUCUCUGCAUGUGAUUAUUUUCAUAUGUUACAACUGAUGGUUAAUGUUCAGUUGAUUUUGCAUCAAGCACAAAUUAAGUAUUUUCUGACGAAAGGAACAUUGAUUGGAGUUCUGCGACAUCAUGAUGUGAUACCAUGGGAUACGGAUAUUGAUUUGUUUAUUCCAUCAACAGCUACCGAGAAAAUUCUACAAUCAUUUCGUCGAUUGGAUUUGUCAUUGAAUAAAAACUCAUCAGCUACAACUUCAUCAACAAUGGAAAAUAGCAGAAAAAGACUGACGAAAGAUCGACCAUCGUUCCACAAGGAUUUAGUAGUUUAUCAAUUCAAGAACGUCCACAAGGUGACAUCAUACAAGAUCUUUUCCUUACGUUCGCCAAUUGUCAAUCGAACCAACUACCGCUGGCCAAAAAUCGAUAUUUUUCCUUAUGAAGAAAACGCCACACAUAUCUAUGCGUAUCCAAAGCAUCAACACAAUCUUGGUACCAUGAGUUACUUAGCGAAAAGCAAUGUUGAACCGGUAUACUUGCGUGUAUUAGGACCAUUACUUGUACCGAGUCCACGACAGCCUCGCUUGUCAUUAAAAGCCAUGGUACGAUUAGGUCGAUCGAAUUUGUUUCAUGUCUGUGAAGGUAAUACAUUUCUACAUCGGUAUAAUCGUGGAUCAACGGAUAAUUGGCGUGUUCCAUGUAAAGAACUACAUCGAAAUUAUCCGUUUGUGAGAUCAGAACGUAAUGCAACAACGAACUUGUGUUCUGAGGAAUUAAAAUUUCCUCAAUUAAAUCAAGGUUUGAGUUUGUAUAAAUAUCGAUGUGAAGAAGAUUUGCCAAGAACGUUACAGUGA